AUGCAGCUAAGAAAAAUGCAGACCCUUAAAAAGGAACACAGACCUGUUGACACAAAUAGUGAUGUGGACAAAAUCAUGGUACUUAAGUCUACUUUAGCAGAAGUGUCUGAAGUAUUGUCUACAAAUGAAGAGAUACUGCUCACUGAAGCAAAUAGUGGAAAAAGCACAUCUUCAGCUUGCCGAAGAAAGCGAGAAUUCAUUCCAGAUGAAAAGAAAGAUGCUAUGUAUUGGGAGAAAAGGCGGAAAAAUAAUGAAGCUGCUAAAAGAUCUCGUGAAAAACGUCGACUGAAUGACCUUGUCUUAGAGAACAAACUAAUUGCACUGGGAGAGGAGAAUGCCACUUUGAAGGCAGAGUUGCUUGCUUUGAAGCUGAAGUUUGGUUUAAUUACUUCUGCAGCCUAUGCCCAAGAGAUACAGAAAUUCAGUAGCUCAACAGCUGCGUAUUUCCAAGAUUAUCAAAGUUCCAAAUCAAAUAUUAGCUCGUUUGUGGAUAAACAUGAGCCAUCUAUAGUUGGUAGCAGUUGUAUUUCUGUCAUUAAACAUUCUCCUCAAAGCUCUAUGUCUGAUAUGUCUGAAGUAUCAUCAGUAGAGCAUACCCAAUCAAGUUGUAUGCAAAACAACUACAGAAGUCCUGAAAAUAAGUUUCAGAUUAUAAAACAGGAGCCCAUGGAAUUAGAGAGAGAGCCAAGAGAUGACAGAAAUUCACAGAAAGCAUCCAUAUAUCCACACUGCAUGGGAACUACCUUUAACAUGUACUCACAUUCUCCUCCUCUGUUCCAAGUCAAUAGGUCCUCCAGUAAUUCCCCCAGAACUUCAGAAACUGAUGACAGUACAGUUGGAAAGUCAUCUGAUGGAGAAGAUGAACAGCAGGUUCCUAAGGGUCCAAUCCAUUCCCCAGCUGAACAUAAAAAUAUUUGUGCAACAGUUAAAGUUCCAGAAGUGAAUUCUUCAGCUUUGCCUCACAAACUUCGAAUUAAAGCCAAAGCCAUGCAAGUUAAAGUGGAAGCAGUAGAUAAUGACUAUGAUGCUGCACAGAAACUAUCAUCACCUACUGAUAUGUCAUCAAAAAGACAUGUUGAGCUUGAAAAACACACUGCACAAAACUUGGUGCAUUCUUCUCGUACUUCUUUCUCAGUUCAAGUGACUAAUAUCCAAGACUGGUCUCUCAAACCAGAACUCUGGCAUCAAAAGGAACUCAGUGUAAGAAUUCAGAGUGGUUGCAAAACUGAAAUUGUUGAAAUAAAAGACAGUAUCUUCAAUGUCUCUGAGUCAGAGAACCUGUAUUUGAAGCAGGGCUUAACAAACUUAUCUGCAGAGGUUGCUUCCCUUAAAAGACUUAUAACUACACAACAAAUCUCUGCAUCAGACUCUGGUUAA